UACCACGAGGUCGGAGUGCCGGGGUAAUAUUUGUAUUCCGAUUUAUUACGUGAAUCAAAAGGUUGAUAAAGAAGAAAAAGAAGCCGGAGUAAAAGUGUGUUUCUAAAGUGCGAUGGUUGAAUAAUCACCAAUAUCUCAGAAAGGUACAAGAGCCAAUUUAACCAACUGAACUGAAUUGAACCACGAGGAAGAGAAAUUUUCAGGUGUACCGUUCAUAUAUAGGCACGAUAUAUUCUCGUUAGAAUGGUUCGCAAGAAGAUAGAUAAUCGGAUACGAGUUUUAAUAGAGAAUGGCGUUACCAUGGGACACAGGACAAUGUUUGCCAUCGUCGGCGAGAAGGCAAGGGACCAAGUAGUGUUGUUGCACCAUAUGUUAUCCAAGACUGUCGUCAAAGCUAGGCCUUCUGUACUGUGGUGCUACAAAAAAGAUCUGGGUUUUAGUAGCCACAGAAAGAAACGAAUGAAAUCGUUGCAGAAGAAAAUCAAGUCAGGUAAAUUGGACGUUAACGAGGAUGACCCGUUUGAGUUGUUUGUCAUUUCGACCAACAUUCGUUAUUGUUACUAUAGCGAGACACACAGAAUAUUAGGUAAUACUUAUGGCAUGUGUGUAUUACAGGAUUUUGAGGCGAUUACACCAAACUUAUUGGCGCGUACUAUUGAGACCGUGGAAGGUGGUGGAAUCAUUGUAUUUUUGCUGCAGUCCAUGAACUCUUUGAAGCAGUUGUAUACGAUGAACAUGGAUGUUCAUCAGAGAUUUCGUACGGAAGCUCAUAAGGAUGUAAUAUGUCGAUUUAAUGAGAGAUUUUUGCUGUCGAUGGCCUCGUGCACUCGAUGUUUAGUCGUUGAUGAUCAGCUGAACGUAUUGCCUAUUUCCUCUCAUAAUCUAAGAAUAGAAUCUGUGCCUAAAUCAGCUGUUUCGGAGGAACAGUCGAGCUUGGAUGUUUUGAAGGAAAGUUUACAGGACACUCAGCCUGUAUCUGCAUUAAUUAAUUGCUGCAAAACAGUCGAUCAGGCAAAGGCAGUCCUUAAAUUUAUCGAAUGUAUCUCCGAGAAAACUUUGCGAUCUACCGUAUCGCUAACCGCAGCUAGAGGCCGCGGAAAAUCCGCUGCGUUAGGACUUGCCAUUGCUGGAGCUAUUACCUUUGGAUAUUCCAACAUAUACAUCUCGAGUCCUAGUCCGGAGAACUUGAACACUCUCUUUGAAUUUGUCUUUAAGGGAUUUGAUGCGUUGGGAUAUCAGGAACAUCUCGACUAUGGUUUAGUGCAAUCCACAAAUCCAGAGUUCAAUAAAGCCACUGUACGCGUAAAUGUGUUCCGAGAUCAUCGGCAAACAAUUCAGUAUAUACAUCCAACUGACAACCAGAAGUUAAAUCAAGCAGAAUUGCUUGUGAUCGACGAAGCAGCAGCAAUUCCAUUACCUUAUGUCAAAGCAAUGCUUGGACCUUACCUAAUAUUUCUUUCGUCGACUAUAAACGGAUACGAAGGCACAGGUCGAUCUUUGUCGCUCAAAUUGCUGCAGCAGUUGAGGACGCAGACCACUGGGUCUAACAGCCACAAUGGGAAGAGCGAGAAGGAGCAAACUGAGAAAAACUGUCUUAUCGGAAGACAGUUACACGAACUUACUCUCGACGAAUCGAUACGUUAUAAACCGGGUGAUUCUGUAGAAGACUGGCUGUGCAAUUUACUUUGCCUGAAUGCUACACAUGCUCCCGUCCUUUCCGGAUGUCCUCCUCCCGAUAUGUGUCAGUUGUACUACAUAAACAGAGACACAUUAUUCUCGUAUCAUAAGGCUUCCGAGCUGUUCUUGCAGAGAUUGGUCUCUCUAUAUGUUGCAUCACAUUAUAAAAAUACCCCUAAUGAUUUACAAAUGAUGUCUGACGCACCUGCGCAUCAUCUAUUCUGUCUCUUGGGACCUGUAGAUUCUAAUAAAAAGACUUUACCUGAGAUAUUAGUAGUUCUUCAAAUAUGCUUAGAAGGCCAAGUUAGCAAAACUAGCAUAAACGAUGGUCUUGCACGAGGCCGUAGGGCAGCGGGCGAUCUAAUACCGUGGACGAUUGCUCAGCAGUACCAAGACGAAGAUUUUCCAGUAUUGUCUGGCGCGCGCAUUGUUAGGAUUGCUACGCAUCCUGAUUACAUAGGAAUGGGAUAUGGUAGUCGCGCGUUGCAACUAUUGAAACAAUACUACGAGAUGAAAAUACCUAAUAUCAAUGAAAGCGUUAUGCAAGAACCAGUGGCGGAAAUAAAAAAUGUUCCUGAUGAAGCAGUCGAUUUAUUAGAAGAAACUAUUGAACCUCGCAGUUCGUUGCCGCCGCUUCUAUUGAAAUUAAGUGAAAGACAUCCGGAGCAUUUGGAUUACAUUGGGGUGUCUUUUGGAGUUACUGAGCACCUACUGAAAUUUUGGAAACGGUCUAAUUUCAUACCUGUGUAUUUAAGACAAACAGCAAACGACAUAACGGGAGAGCAUUCCUGCAUAAUGCUUUGUAAAAUUAAUGCGGAACAGGAUAACGACAAGUGGUUGCAAGCUUAUUGGAGCGAUUUCCGUCGACGAUUCUUAAGUCUGCUAUCCUACUCGUUUAAUACUUACGCAGCAUCACUUGCAUUGAGUAUAUUAAUUAACAAGACAGUAUCCUUAAAGUCUGUCGCAUUGAGUAAGGAAACGUUAAACGUUUACUUUACAUCGUACGAUCUAAAGCGCUUACAAAUGUACAGUAACAACAUGGCUGAUUAUCAUUUAAUUAUGGAUUUAAUACCGUCAUUAGCACGCUUAUAUUUCUUAAAUAUGAUGGGAGACACUCAUUUCUCACCAGCACAAUCGGCAAUUUUACUUGGCCUGGGCUUACAACAUAAAACGGUCGACAAAUUAGCAGAAGAAUUGAAUUUACCAUCUUCACAGUUGCUUGGUCUAUUCAAUCGUAUAAUACGUAAAUCGAUCCAGUAUUUCAAUACAGUGGCGGAAAAAUACAUCGAGAGCACUAUGUUGACUAAAGAAGCGGUUAAUGAAGAAGUAAAAUUGAAUCCUCUUGGAGGACAAAGUUUACACGAUGAAUUAGAAAGCGCAGCUAAGGAAUUGAAAAUUAAACAAAAAGCAGAAUUAGAGAAACUGAAGAAAGAAAAUUUGGAGCAAUAUGCUAUCAAGGGAUCGGAAUCAGAAUGGACUAGUGCGCUGUCUGGCAAGCACAGUAAACAUCUUAUCUCUAUAAAGACAGGCGAAAAGAGAACAUCAGAAGACGAUAGCAUACAAGAAUCUGAGAAAAAACACACGAAAAAGAAGAAAAAGAAACAUACAUAGCUUAUGUAUAAAUUAAAUAAUUGAAAGAUUAUAAAUAAUUUUAAAUCAUUUCUGAUUGAUGACAAAUUUAUAUUCAUACAAAAAUUAUAAUUUAAAAAAUAUAUAUUUUACUUCACUAUCACACAAAUCUCUCUUUUCUUUAUAAUUAUAAAUCUUUCUACAUCUUGUACUUGAAAAUAUACUUAUAUGCUUAAAAAAAAAACUAAAAUCUGUAAAUAUAAAA